GCUUCUUCUGUCACCUCUUGCGCUCUCUAACAUGCCUCAGGGGAUAUACAUACUCAAGUUGGACAAGCACGGAGAUGCGAAUCCACGACUCAAGUUCCCCACACCGCCUUAAACCCCAUUCGGGCAUUGAACGCGGAGCACAUCUCUUAUCAGCAAGCUUAUCCAACCAACAGUCCACAAUUAUCGAGCUUGAUACAGCACCGACUUCGCUGGGACCAUACAGCGAGCUAUCUCUGCAAUGGAGGGGUCGUGGAUCUCGCCAUUGAUCGCACAUGGUGACUUUUGCGUUGGGGUCGACAAUAGGAAUAAUCCCACUUGUCGGUCUCGAAGCCCGAUUUGAUACAAGUGAUCCCGAAGCUGGGAAUAUAUUAUCGUCUGAUCUACUUACGAGUGGCGGUAGAAGGGCAAAGCUUUGAAGGUACUAAUAGUGAGGUUUGUCUCCCAUUUGAAGACAGCAAACACGACCAAUCCUCCAGGCAAAUUUACCACACAGCUUCACAAUGGCUCUCGAUAGACUCAAGUCUGUUGCUCAGCAUGUCACUGGCACCUUACCUCCCCCUCAUCCAUUCGAUCCUCUGUCCAACCAGGAGAUUGAAUCUGCCGUCUCAGUUAUCUGCGAGGAGAAGGGGAAGCUGUUCUACAAUGCUGUCACAUUGAGGGAACCACCGAAGAAGGAGAUGCUUAAGUGGUUGGAGAGUCCAUCCUCUCUACCGAGGCCGUCCAGAAUUGCGGAUAUUGUUGCAAUUGCUCCUGGCGGAAAGGUCUUCGAUGGAUUGGUGGACUUGAAAGCCAAGAAGAUCAUUAAGUGGGAGCAAUUGGAUGGUGUACAGCCUCUGAUUACUAUGGAAGAUCUCCAGAUUGUAGAGCAUGUCUGCAGAAAGGAUCCCAAGGUCAUUGAGCAGUGUGUGAUCAGUGGUAUUCCGGCAGAGGAUAUGCAUAAAGUGUACUGUGAUCCUUGGACAAUUGGUUAUGACCACAGGUUCGGCAGCGACGUUAGAUUGCAACAAGCUCUCAUGUACUACCGACCGCAUGUUGACGACAGUCAAUACUCCUACCCUCUCGAUUUCUGCCCUAUCUUCGAUGCUGGCAAGCAAGAGAUCAUUCACAUCGAUAUCCCAGAAGUUCGCAGACCAGUCAACAAAGCGAAGCCCAAUAAUUACCACGCGGCUAGCAUCGAGGCAGAGGGAGGAUACAGAACGGAUAUCAAGCCAAUCAAUAUCACACAACCAGAUGGUGUUUCGUUCAAGGUUGAGGGCCGAGUUAUUGAGUGGCAGAACUGGAGUGUGCACGUUGGAUUCAACUACAAGGAGGGCAUUGUGUUGAACAAUAUCACAUACAACGACCAUGGAGUUGUCCGACCAACUUUCUAUAGACUGUCUCUGGCAGAAAUGGUGGUUCCAUAUGGAAAUCCCGAGCAUCCUCACCAGAGGAAGCAUGCUUUCGAUCUUGGCGAGUAUGGUGGAGGAUACAUGACUAACAGUCUUUCUUUGGGCUGCGAUUGCAAGGGUGCCAUUCAUUAUAUGGAUGCUGCUUUUGUCAACCGAGCAGGAGAGAGCACAACCAUCAAGAAUGCUAUCUGCAUCCACGAGGAGGAUUCCGGCAUUCUGUUUAAGCAUACUGAUUUCCGUGACGAUUCGGUCAUUGUUACCCGAGGACGAAAACUAAUCGUCUCCCACAUCUUCACAGCCGCAAACUACGAGUACUGUGUUUACUGGAUCUUCCACCAAGACGGCACUGUUCAGCUCGAAAUCAAGCUCACUGGUAUCCUAAACACCUAUGCAAUGAACCCAGGAGAAGACACCAAGGGGUGGGGAACAGAAGUCUAUCCAGGAGUCAAUGCACACAACCACCAGCAUCUGUUCUGUCUUCGUAUUGACCCGAAUAUCGACGGACCAGACAAUACUGUCUUCCAAGUCGACGCUACUCAAGGCGCAGGCUAUGUUGGCAGCAAGGAGAACCCCUACGGAAAUGCAUUCUAUGCUAAGCGAACCAAGUACUCGACUGUCAAAGAGGCAAUCAGCGACUACGAUGGUGUCACUUCAAGAACUUGGGAUAUGUGCAAUACCAACAAACUCAACCCUCACUCUCACAAGCCCGUCAGCUACAAGCUUGUCAGCAGAGAAGUGCCUAAACUUCUUCCCAAGGAAGGAUCACUUGUGUGGAAGCGAGCAGGUUUUGCUCGCCAUGCUGUGCAUGUUACAAAAUACGACGAUGAUCAAAUCCUCCCCGCCGGUCGCCACGUCCCCCAAACCUCUGGCGAGCCCUCUCGAGGUAUUCCCGAAUGGAUUGCCAACGGCGACGCAAGCAUCGAUAACACGGAUGUCGUACUCUGGCACACAUUCGGUAUCACUCAUUUCCCUGCUCCUGAAGAUUUCCCUGUCAUGCCUGCUGAACCUAUGACCCUUCUCCUCCGACCAAGGAAUUUCUUCGCACGAAAUCCCGCCCUCGACGUCCCACCCAGCUAUUGUAGUACCCCAAGUCAAAUUGCCGCUGGGAAGGGCGUCCUGGAUGCAGCGGAUAAGAUGAGUAAGCUCGUCGUAACUGGUGGAGACGCUGCGGUGGCAGAAGGGGCUUGUUGUAAAAAGUAGUUGCUUUUGCUGAGGGAAUCUGAUGGAGUUCGAAAUGAUUUAUGAUUUACGUUCUGCGGCAUAGCCUACUUCUUAUAUAUAUUCUUGAUAUAGCUGAAUGAGAUGACAAAUUUUAAUGAAAGCACGUCUCUCAUUGUGAGUUGAACAAUCGAGAUUG